AUGCAAUUCAACACUAUCAUCACGACAAUCUGCCUCGCUCUUAUCAGCGGCACCGUCACAGCCGAAAGCACACCCGUCAAUAUCCCAACGCCCGCAGUGACUCCUCCCUCUCAAUCGGCAUCGCCCUCUUUCACCCGCUCAAUCCAGGCGGCAGCGUCUCGCUCUGCCACACCCACAGUCCAGCCAACACACCCGUAUCUCAAGAGGACGGCUGCCACUGCUGCCUCGUCUGUGCAUGUAUCAUCGACUCCAGUUGCACCUUCGGGAUUUAAAACCUCUGCGAUGCCGGCCGCUAGUUCAGCCGGGAUCGCGGACAUUCUGGGUGGUUUGUUGAAUUUGCCUCUGCAAUAG